UUUGAGGACAUGACUUGUUGAGUAACUGGUGCGGAUACAACAAACGUCCCAUGAUUAAAACUGACGCCACAUUUGCACAAUGUUGGCUUGUAAACGGAGCUUGUCAAGCACUAUGAUCUCUGCUCUUCGGGUUCUUCGCAGUAAUCGAGUUAUCGUUUCUGGCCAUGUGCAGAGAUGUCUGUCCACACAAACGGACGGAGAGGACCGCAUCGCAAAGAUACUGAAGGAGAAGUUUCCGUUAGCCUCGUCGCUCAAAGUUGUGGACAUAUCAGGUGGUUGUGGGGCCAUGUAUGAGAUCCAUAUAGAGUCCAGUGAGUUCAAAGGAAAAAGGACCAUUCAACAACACCAAUUAGUCAAUCAGGCACUCAAGGAGGAGAUUCAAGGAAUGCAUGGAUUGCGAAUAUUCACUGAUGUCCCAAAACAUUAGAGAAAGUCCUGCCACGGUUGACCCACAACCUUUUGCUUUGCUCACCUUAUCCAUUAUGAAUGUACAGUUUUACAGAGGACAUUGUGUAGUAAAUGAAUUCCAUGAUAAUUGUUAAUGUGCCAGUACCAGAAAUGCAGAGGGACUUUCUCUAUGGCAGUAACAAUGUGAAAUUUGUAAGACAUGUAAUAUUAAAUUAUCUUUUUUUUUUAACUAGUGAGCUAUCUUCUACUCUAAGAUAUGUAUAAAACUGAUAAAUGCUACAAUACGCACAAGCUGACUUGGUAAAAUGCCAGUGAAUUGUCAACUCAAGUUGGUUUCUUCCCAAUUUGGGCUCUUCUCAGGGUUGAUAGUGAGAAUGAUAAGCAGUUGAGGAAGUAAUAAAUAAAACCAUCCUGAAUAGUGGAGAAUUGUGACAGACCCCUGUGAUCACAUUUUGUGUUGUCGUCCCAUGAAAGUUAAAUGAUUUUACAUGACUAAACAUUGAAAUGUACAUUGCUGUAUCAAUGCUACCAAUGAAGUGAUAAUACAAGUUGCAAUAAAAAGCAGCUACUGUCUGCCUCCCACUAACUUCUCACUUGAUUGUCGAUGGAG